AUGCCACAUCUGACGCUUCGAGAUGGCGCCCAGCUCUUCUAUAAAGAUUGGGGCAACCCCAAAGGCGCCAUCGUCACCUUCUCCCAUGGCUGGCCCUUGAGCAGUGAUAAUUGGGAAAACCAAAUGAUGUUUCUGGCUGAUCACGGCUAUCGUGUCAUCGCACACGAUCGGCGUGGCCAUGGGCGAUCUACUCAGACCUGGGACGGAAACAACAUGGACACCUUUGUCGACGACCUCGAGGAGCUUUUUGCACACCUUAAGGUCAAAGAUGCAGUGAUAGUUGGUCAUUCCCAUGGAGGAGGCGAGGUCACCCAUUAUCUUGGGAAGCAUGGCACAGGUCGUUUUAAGAAAGCCGUUCUUGUUGGUGCCGUGCCCCCUCUGAUGGUGAAGACUAGUACCAAUCCUGAGGGGACAGACAAGUCAGUUUUCGAUUCGUUCCGACAGGCUAUGCGUAAAGACCGCGCGCAAUUCUUCUUGGAUGUCCCUAGCGGACCAUUCUUUGGGUUUAACAGACCUGGUGCACAGACAAGUGAAGGACAGAUUCGUCACUGGUGGCAGCAGGGGAUGAACACCAGUCUCAAGUCAGCGUAUGACUCGAUCAAGGAUUUCUCGGAAACAGAUUUCACGGAAGAUUUGAAGAAGAUCAAUGUUCCCGUCCUGGUCCUUCACGGGGAUGAUGAUCAAGCGGUUCCCAUCGAGGCAGCUGGGCUAAAGUCAGCAAAACUUCUGCCUCAAGGCAAGCUGAAGAUCUACAAAGGGGGCUCGCAUGCUAUCCACAACAUCAAUGUUGACGAAGUGAACAAAGACCUGCUUGAUUUUAUCAAGUCAUAA